AUGGAUCAACUCAGUCUGGUCGACACGCAUCGCCGUUACAAGGCUGGCACAGCCAAGAUUGUCACCUGGCUUGUUUCUAACGCACAGCGCCUUCGCAAGAGCGGCAAGAACAAAACCAGCAAAAAUACCACCAGCAACAAGGUUAUUGUCAGCGACCUCUUGACUUACGCCGAGAGGAUCGUUCGGUCCAUCAACCCACGGAUUUCCAUCCACGACGAUAUCCUGAACGUCCUCUACGACGUCAUAUCUGGUCGAUCCGCAGCUCACGACUUCUAUUAUGCCCUAAACACCAAGCAGCCAAACGAGUCAGUCAAUUCGUCCACCCAAUCGCAUCUCCACUUCAUCGAGGUGCUGAAAGAUAUCCAGCAAGUCUCAAGGACGACAUACAAGGCAAGACUUCCAGCAAAGGCAAGGAGUGACUCUGCGGUCGACGCUCCAGAGCAGGUUCAAGACAUCAGUAAUGUGUUUGCCGCCCUGGAAAUCCAGGACAACAAGGCUGCGGAAGAGGAGGAGGCUGUUGAUGCACGCAGAGACGAGCUACUAGCGAGCAUCAAUCUGAAGCAGAAGAAGAGCAAGAAGCCUAAGGCUCCGGCGAAGCCUGAAGAGCAAGAGUAUGAGCUCGAGGGCAUUGAGGAGAUAGACGAGCCCCCUGCUAUCUGGUAUCUUCUGAAGGACCUCCAAGACAUCCGAGUGCAUGUCCGCAGCCUGUGGCAGCGGUUCAAGGGUGGUGGACUCAGCUUCCUCACUAUCUCGCGGCUCACGGAGAACGCUACAGACCUCACGAUUCAGCGCUGCCGGGUUGAUAAUUUCUGUGCAGCCUUCAUCGAGGCUUGCGGCUCUACGACACCACCACCAGAGAAUGGCAAAGGCGAAGUCUUGAGUAUCCAGCAAGGUGGCAACGCAGGCUUGUUCUGCUUGGACGGGUGGGCGAUGAUGGCCCACUUCUGCAACGAGCUUCGCAACGCUCCGGACAACCAGAACAUGCUGCCAGGCAACGUGAAGCUAGCUAAGACGGUGGGCUUGAUCCAGGUGCUGGACAAGGCGAUGCCUUUCCUGCGUCAGCUGGUCGAGAAUGGCGAUGACAAGGAUGCGGUGAAAUCGAUCAUGGGUCUUGACAACUUCACGUUAAAGCUGCUUGGUGUUGCGAACAAUGGUCGGGUUUUACUGGAUGUUGUGGCAUGUGUGGAGAUUUACAUUGAGAUCUACGAUGUACUUGACUCAAAGCCUGAGGUCGGGUACAAAGACAGUCUGGUCCUGCUAGAAGCCUUGCAGGCACAGCUUACUAGCUUUCAACAGGCGCUGAGUCGUGGCUCACAGACACUAAGACAGUAUUUGCCGGACUAUCUUGCCAGAAUGGCGGCUGAUAGACAGGACUCGCUUGUACAGGUGCCCUGGCUGGAUCACAGUCUUGCUUGGUGUUCACGCUCCUCCAAGAUGGAGGGCGGCAAUACGCUAAUGGUCCCUCUCGGCAUCCUGCAAGGCUUGCCCAUGGCUCCAAGUGCUCUCUUACGCAGAGUCUUGAUCUCUAAGGCAACCUUGGAUACUAGGGACUGUUCCCACAGUCACAUCAUCCUCGCAACAGCCUAUCUCUACCGCGCAGCACAGGCUAGUGGUAUACUCAUGUCAUCAUGGCCAGACAUGCAGCUCGUCGUUGAGCGCCAGAACAGCAAGCUCAGGUUCUGUCGUCCCGCCGUGACUAGCGUGAGAUCCGUAUGGAAAGCAUACAAAAUUGCUCAAGGCGUCAAGGCAUCCGACCUGUCGAACAAUAGCCGAGCAGUGCAGAAGGGUGGACGAUUCCAUGCGUCCAACGGCGUCGUCGAAGUACAGCCGAUCUCAGCGUACCUGGCCUUGCUGCUGGAGAACGGCAAGGUGUAUCACACUGUGAGCAAGAAAGCUACUAGCAGUAUCCGUGUUCUCUACGGCAUCGUCAAGGUACACUCAGAGACUGGGCAAGGCAUUCGGGACCCAGUAAUGGCGGCGCAAUACAAAGAAACACGCGGUCUGACACCUGUUCAGCUCCUGAGUGUACUUCAGGAGGUCGCUGUGGACGACGAGAUCCAGUUCGUGUUCGACCACCUCGGCUUCGUCGUGCACUGUACACGCAUUCUUGAGGCCGUGACGGAGGUUUGUGCGAGUGAUCUGUCUUCCGUGCCUGGCAUCUUGGGCAAUGACAUUCAUAGCCUUGUGCAGGUGGUUAACGACAUUCUCUUCCAGGCUGUGAGUGCAGAGGAUGAAGGCAUGUCUCUAAAGCAGAGUAUGCUUGAAGCAGCUUCUGAGGUUCUGGACAAGAAUGUCGGCGGUACUGGCAGCCAGUUUGUCGACCAGGCGAAGGAAUUGUGUGGUGGACGGAGCGAGGCACUGCAGCAGGAGGGCUAG